AUGGACGCCUCUCCUGUCCUCGACUACGGCCUUCAGUACCAGUGGUUCUCCGACUCGGACUUUUCCGGCGUCUCCUCCACGGACACCCUCUCCCCGGUUAACUCCAUGGACUUCAGCUUUUCCCCUUCCUACCAGCAGCCGCCUCGCUGCGACCCAGAGGCGACCGAGACCGGAUACACCCAGACUAUGAAGCCCUCUUCCCGUUCCGGGUCGGGCCGGAAGACGGGCCGGGCGGCGAGGACCCGCAGCAAGCAGCGGGAGAGCGCCAGCGAGAAGGAGAAGCUGAGGAUGAGGGACCUGACCAAGGCUCUUCACCACCUGCGCUCCUACCUGCCGCCCUCGGUGGCCCCCACGGGUCAGACCCUGACCAAGAUCAAGACCCUGCGCCUGGCCAUCCGCUACAUCUCCUUCCUGUCGGCCCAGCUGGGCCUCAGCGAGGAGGUUCUGUUCCAGAGGAGGGAGCAAGGAGACACCUCCACCAGCGAGGCCUCCUCGCCUGACAUCCUGGCCUACUUCCAGCAUGGAGCCCGUGCGGUCCAAUCGAGCCCGCUGCAAAGCCAGAACCUCAACCAGAACCAGAACCAAGGCCUGUACUCCCCUGAGAGUCAGGCUGGAGUGUUGCAUUCUGGGAAUUGUAGUUUUGGAUUGAACAGUGCCCCUCAGAGGGAACCUAUGUUGCCUCCGGGAUCAUCAUCUUCUCAGAUGUACACCAACGACUACUGCAUCCCGCUGGUGCCGAGACAAUACUGGGCUUAA